GAUUUAUUUCCUUGGUGAUUUGGUUCCAUAGUGAUGCAGUGGGGGAACCCAAAGUAAACUGUGUGCAGAAAGGAGGCUGAACUUGGGAUAAGCUGGAGCACAAAUGUGGCAAAUCUCAGGUUCAAAAUGAACAGGAGAGCCCCAGGACUUCAUGGUGGAAUAUUCUAUAAUGAAAUAAUGAUUUUUCCAACUGCCCAGCAGAGGUUAAAGGGAAGCCUGGGCUGCUUUCUGCUGAGCUCACCCUGCUCAAACGAUCUCUUUAUUGCAGCAGUUUGCAACUCACUGGGUUGCAACACCUCCCCUUGUUCCUCGGUGCCCUUUGCUUUCUGUUAGGAGGAUUUCUGGAAGGGACUUUCCAUUGCUCACUGGCACUGAGCUGGGAAUCUUUUGGGCCAGAAGAGUCUCUGGAAAACGGAUCCUUCAGUUCAAUCCCCAGAGGGACCUCAGACAGCAGCUCAUGCAUCUUGCAUUGUCUUUUUGGAAGGUUUGGUCUUGGCUGCUUCCAGCUGUGUGACAUUGAGAGCAGCCAUGGCCAUCCUGUUUGCAGUCGUGGCGAGGGGCACCACCAUCCUGGCCAAGCACGCCUGGUGUGGGGGCAACUUCCUGGAGGUGACCGAGCAGAUCCUGGCCAAAAUCCCAUCCGAGAACAACAAACUGACCUAUUCCCAUGGCAAUUACCUGUUCCAUUACAUAUGCCAGGACAGGAUCAUUUACCUGUGCAUCACAGAUGAUGACUUUGAGCGCUCCAGAGCCUUCACGUUCCUGAACGAGAUCAAGAAGCGGUUCCAGACCACGUACGGCUCGCGGGCGCAGACCGCCCUGCCCUACGCCAUGAACAGCGAGUUCUCCUCCGUGCUGGCUGCACAGCUGAAAUACCACUCGGAGAGCAAGGGCCCAGACCAGGUGGCAGAGACACAAGCCCAGAUCGACGAACUCAAAGGGAUCAUGGUCCGGAACAUAGACCUUGUGGCACAAAGAGGAGAGAAGCUGGAGCUGCUGAUUGAUAAAACAGAGAAUCUCGUGGAUUCGUCAGUCACUUUCAAAACCACCAGCAGGAACCUUGCCCGAGCCAUGUGUAUGAAGAACCUCAAGCUCACCAUCGUCAUCAUCAUCGUGUCCAUUGUGAUCCUGUACAUCAUCCUGUCGGCCGUGUGUGGCGGGCUGGCCUGGCCCAGCUGUGUGCAGAAGUAACUGGAGCUGGAGCUGCUCGCCAGGAGAUGAGGCAGAGUGUGAAGAAGGAACCUCCAGAGUGACUCCCACCUGUCACCACUGCCACCUUCCACCUCCCAAUCCCUCCAGGACUUCAGACUUUUUGCCUUACCGCCCAGACAGACCCAGCUGGUCGCUGCUCCCACAGCUGUCACCUCAAGAGUGGGCUGGGUUAAUUACUUGAAAGGGUUUUUGUGUUCCUUUUGCUGUCCCAAUGCCACCCCUGCGGAGGGUUCUGUGUAUGCUGGCCCUGUGUCCGUGUGGCUUCCUCUGGGUGGGGACAGGAGUGGUUGCAGCUCUCCCACCUGGGAUGGAACUGUCCCACAGAGGAGCCAAGCUAACGGGGACAGGUGGGUUUGGGUCCCACAAAGCCUCUCCUGCACAUCUGGCCACAUGUGGUGGCUCCCUGUGCUGCACCAUGGGGAGGUCACGGCGUCACCCUGGUAGGAACAAAUGGGGUCUGGGCUUUGUGCACUCACGGGUGGAGGUGCUGCUGCUGGGGACAUCUCCCUGUUCCUGCAGUGAUCCUGCAGGCAGGAGGAGGGUGUUGGGCUCACCUCAGCGUGUGCAAUGGCUGCCUCUUCAUCCUCACUUCUUCCUCAUCUCCCCCUGGGCUGGUGGCUGAACGGACACAGCAAUGGGCCCAGUUGCACACGGUUCAGGAUCUCCUUCCUCACAGAUGAUUUCUCCUGCUCUUCUUUGGAGGGUGGACUGCAAUGAGUAUAAUUCUGGCACUGGCUACGGUGAAUUUGGGGCCAGUCUGGUUUGCUGAGGUGUCAGGGAGCUGCUGCUUGUGCUUCUCCUGGAAGGUGUGCACUGAAACUGGAGGACAGAGAAGGGUUGGAGUUGGUGGCUGGUGACUUUCUCCAAGGUCUGAGAGAGAAAGGCUCUGCCAGAGGAUGAACGUUCUCCUCUGGGAGGAUUUCAAACCAAACCCAAGGCUGGUAACCAAAUGCAGGCUCAGGGGUGCUGUUUCUGUGCCAGCUGCACAUCUCCAUCCCAAGCCAGGCCUGGCUAGGAGCUGGAGUUGCUGGGGCCUGGGAAAAAGCUGGGGACACUUCUGUCCUGGAGCUCAGGGGGCUCCUUUCCCACAGAACAAAUGGAAACACGUUUCAAGGGGGAAGGAAUCUGCUUUUGGCCCAGGGAACUCGAGGGAUGGAAGGGGAGGCUUCUUUUGGUGUCUGAGCUGGAGCACGAAGUUGGAGCCCUGAGGUCCUGGUGACACUGGCAGGGUGGGGAGGUGGCUCUGCUGCUCCUUCCCUUGUGGCACUGACCAGGGAACUUCCCAGCAGGGCCAGCUAAAGAGUCACAGUCUCCUAUGAACAGUAGCUCCUUUGGAUUUGUCUUCUGCUAGGCUGAAAUUUCACCAAGGGUGAUUGGAUCUUGAUCUCCACAAAGUGCCAGUGGCCACUGGCACCUGCUUCUCCUUCUGUUCUGAAUGUAAAGUUGGAGCCCCCUCCCUGCAGCUCCUGCAGCCCCAGGUCCAGCUGUGCAUGUUUUAGGGAUCGUGCUGUUACAAUGUUCAUUUGGAUGAUUUCUUGUCUUAUGUACAAACAAUUUUUAAAGAAAAUCCUUCCUUUCCUUCUCAAGGAUGCACUGAGGCAUUAGUGUAAAAAACCAUUACCUUGAUUUCAAUAAAAUUCCUGUACAGAAA